CUAGAGACGUGCUCCUCGUGUGAUUGGUCACAGAGUGCUGUUAGCACUUCUUGAUGAUCAUUUCCGAGCCAGCAAGUCACUUAUUGUAAUACGGUUCCGGUCUCUAACAUCCAAGCUUCAGAUACAAAUUACCUUCCAUCAAAUGGUCUUGCAUGUUACGGAGAUGAGGCAUCUUUCGUUCCUUUGUCUCUUGUGUCUCUUGUGUCUCCGAGUGCCUGUGCUGGCUGAUGAAACACAUCAUUUCUCUGGAGGUUCUCUCAGCUUUACCUUCAUCAAUGAAACACGAGUCAAGAUCAGGACUUUACUUGGGUGGGAGUUGGGCUUUGGACCUUGUGGUGCUCAUUGUGACAGAACACAGAUUGGGAGAAACACAACGUCAACAAGAGAACAAGUCUUGGCGUCAAAGGGGCCUGUGCAUUUCGGGACUUGGACCAAGGAGAUCGCGAAAAGCAUAGAUGUGACCUCCGCUGUCAAUGGUCAGCUGCUGAGCACUCUGGUGGGCAUCAACGAGCAUCUCAAGUGGGAGCUAGAAAAUGGCGGCUUCGAGGUCACCAUCGACCCUCUGGCAGCAUCCACAGAUAUCGUAUUAGAGGGCAAUUACUGGAAACACUUGAACAGUGUUCAAGGAACGAGAGACUCGUCCUAUCAUCUGCAAGUGAAAAUACACGGCGGUCGGCGAAAUGACACAGGAAAGCCCAACAGCAGUGCACUGACUUUAUUCAAGCCAGUCUACAGUAUAUCCCUGAACACUGUCAGUGUCAUCAAUCUGUGGACGAUGGACGAAGAUGACGACGUUGUACACUGCCAAAAAGCUGCUUUCGUCGAAACAGGGGGACUCGAGCAGAUGAAGGGGGUUCACAUCAACAAGAACUGCAGUAUCGUCAUCGAUGCCACUGAAAGCAACAAGUUCACUGACAACGGCGAGGUGGCUGUGUUGGUGAAGAUCAUGGACUACAACCUCCGACCAAUCAAAAUCGAGCAUGAUCACAUGCCCUUCCGCGCACCCCUACAAGUUGCUCUCGGCGACAUUCCCGUGCAGUUCCUGGUGCGGUCGAUGCGGGUGCUGUUAGAUCCAAGCUUCGUUGCCCCAACCCCUGAAGAUGGCCUGACGAUGGUUGGCUAUGCAGGGGCUCGAAUUGAGGUUAUGCUGGCAGCGCGUCCGCACAAGAACUCAGCUGAAAGGAUAGAAACAAUCGCGGUGAUUGCUGUGCCAAGUAUUUCAUUCACCCUCUCUACCCUCAAUUCCGACCCCCUCAGGGCGAGCGAGGGGGUCAUGACGAGAGUUCUGACAGUGGACACAACAUCAAGAGAUAUCGGCACAUAUUUGUUCCAGACCACCGUCUUCGACACUGGCGGGGUAGACGGUAAAGAAGUAAAUUACAAAAUCGUGGUGAAAGAGAAUAAUCUGACUGUCACGGACAAUAUCAGUUCUACAGAGGCACACGCUGUGUUUCCAGAUCAGAAGGUGCUGACAUGUCCCCAAGAUACUCUCUGUACGGUACCUGUGCUCUUCACUCAAGGCACCACGAGUGUCACUGUCUUCAACUCUACACUCCCGGGGGUGGGGGUCGGGUCACUGAGACCGGUCAAUGCCUCCUUACACCCCACGUUGCAAACAGAAGUGAAGUGGACAGCGACGACACCGGGACAUCAAACUAUCUGUCUCAAGGUGUCAUCCCAUUCAAGCAACACCGUGUCCUGUGUGAAUGUAGCAGUGAUACCCACAGAUCCGUGUUUGAGUCAGCCAUGUGGGUUCAGUGGAGAUUGUUUCUCCGCCUGGGACAAGUAUCACUGCGUGUGCAGACCCCACAUUACAGGCACGCACUGUGAAGUCGUCGUGGACAUGUGCAAGUCUUCCCCUUGUCUGCACGGUGCCUGCAAGUCAUUCCCCUCGGCUGUCGGGAUCUACUUCUGCCAGUGUGACGCUGGAUGGUCCGGCAAAAAUUGUGAUGAAGGUCUGGCAACGACAGCGACCACAGCGACGACAACAACCAGACCGGCAACUACAACGCCAUCGACAACCGCAUCUUCCGCAACGAUGGCAACAACCACACCAACGGCAACCGCACCUUCCAUGACGCCAACAACCACAACAACAACGCAGCCGGCCACACCUACAAUGAUGAUAACUGCCGCACCGACGACUACGCCAACAACCACACCAGCGUCAUCAAAAUACAUGCCAACAACUACGCCAACAUCAGUUCAAACGACUUCACCAACAGCCACACCAACAGCUACCCCAAUAAGUACACCAUCUCCCUUUCAAACGACUUCACCAACGUCUAUUCCAACGGGUUCGCCAACAGCUAAACCCACGAUUCCGCCUACGCCGACAUCUACCACCACGAAGCCAACAGCCACACCAACAGCUGCACCAACAAGUACACCAUCUCCCAUUCUAACGACUUCGCCAACAUCCAUUCCAACGGGUUCGCCAACGGCAACGCCAACUUCUACGCCUACACGGACAUCUGCCACGACGAAGCCAACAGCUACACCAACAAGUACCCCAAAGAAUACACCAACAUCCAUUCAAACGACUUCACCAACAUCCAUUCCAACAGCUUCGCUACCAGCAACUAGAGCGACUACGCCUACACCAUCUACCACCACGAAGCCAACAGCUACACCAACAGCUACCCCAAUAAGUACACCAUCAUCCAUUCAAACAACUUCACCAACGUCCAUUCCAACGGGUUCGCCAACUGCUAAGCCCACGACUACGCCUACACCGACAUCUGCCACCACAAGGCCAACAGCUACACCAACAGCUACACCGUCAAGUACACCAUCUCCCAUUCAAACGACUUCACCAGCGUCCAUUCCAACGGGUUCGCCAGUAUCCAUUCCAACGGGUUCGCCAACAGCCAUACCAACGCCUACGCCUACACCGACAUCUGCCACCACGAAGCCUACAGCUACACCAAUAGCUACACCGUCAAGUACACCAUCUCCCAUUCAAACGACUUCUCCAACGUCUAUUCCAACGGGUUCGCCAGUAUCCAUUCCAACGGGUUCGCCAACAGCCAUACCAACGCCUACGCCUACACCGACAUCUGCCACCACGAAGCCUACAGCUACACCAAUAGCUACACCGUCAAGUACACCAUCUCCCAUUCAAACGACUUCUCCAACGUCUAUUCCAACGGGUUCGCCAGUAUCCAUUCCAACGGGUUCGCCAACAGCCACACCAACAGCUACACAGACAGCUACACCGACAAGUACACCAUCUCCCAUUCAAACGACUUCUCCAACGUCCAUUCCAAUGGGUUCUCCAACAGCGAUACCAACGACUACGCCUAUACCGACAUCUGCCACCAAGAAGCCUACAGCUACACCAAUAACUACACCAGCGAAUACACCAUCUCCCAUUCAAACGACUUCUCCAACGUCCAUUCCAACGGGUUCGCCUACAGCAACGCCAACGUCUACACCUACACAGACAUCUGCCAUCAUGAAGCCAACAGCCACACCAACAGCUACCCCAAUAAGUACACCAUCAUCCAUUCAAACGACUUCGCCACCGUUCAUUCCAACGAGUUCGCCAACAGCCACACCAACGACUACGCCUACACCGACAUCUACCACCACGAAGCCUACAGCUACACCAACAGCUGCACCAUCUUCCAUUCAAACGCCUUCACCAACGUCCAUUCAAACGGGUUCGCCAAAAGCCAUACCAACGACCACGCCUACACCGACAUCUGCCACCACGAAGCCAACAGCUACACCAACAGCUACACCGAUAAGUACACAAUCUGCCAUUCAAACGACUUCUCCAACGUCGCCAACAGCUAAACCCACGACUACGCCUACACCGACAUCUGCCACUACGAAGCCUACAGCUACACCAACAGCUACCCCAACAAGUACACCAUCUCCCAUUCAAACGACUUCACCAACGUCCAUUCCAACGGUUUCACCAACAGCCACACCAACGUCUAUGCUAACAAACACACCCACGACUGCAAUGGCAACAGCUUCACAUUCCACUACCACACCGUCGGCAACGGCAACAGCAACCCCGACAACACCGACGACGCCAACAACUACAAUUGCGAAUACGACGCCAAAUACACAUCAAACAGCUGAAACAGACGACUGUAUUCUCGAAGAUGUGGAAAAAAUACUUCAGUCACAAGGUGGACCAGAUGGCGAGGCUACCUGUCUGUGUCUGGACCCGGCGACCAAAGAAGCUGUGACAGUUGUAAAACACAGAGACACGUCAAACAAAGGUUUUCUGAAGGCUGGAGGAUACGGAGCUGGCGCCGGAAGUGCUGCCAUGUUGUUAACGGCGGUAAUUUAUAAGAUCGUUAAGAAGCUCAAUGAGAGGAAGAGACGAAGGACGGCAGAUUCGUCUAAAUCACUGUUUGUAUCCAACCCUAAUAUCAAUUCCUUUUGAUCAUGCGAAGAUACAUGUAUAAACGUAGGAGGAACUAUCAAACGUAACCGUAAGAAGGAUGUUUAAAUCACUGACAAGUUGGCCAACAUCCAGUGUGUUUGGAUCACCCGGCAACAGGAUUUGACCGGUGACGGAAAAAGAUGAAAUCUCAACCUUUUCACAUUUCAAACACUAUCUUCAAAUUUUAAUUAUUUUGUAGCCAGAUCCCGAAUGUAGUAACAUAGCGUGGCUUCGGUCCUUUCUGAGAAUCUUCGUGAGAUUAUUAAAAAUAUUCACUCAAACAGAAAUUAUAUGUGUCAAAAUUAUGUCUUUGACUUAUUUAACCAUCGACGAUUCUGACGAGUGAUUAUUCCAAGCAAGAACAAGGUCCACCGACCAUUACGAACAUUGACCUCAGAGGAAGAACAAUGACCAUCUGUACGAGGCACCAAAACGAAGAUGGAGAAGCAACCCUUCGCAGGUCCCACCUUACAAGUCGGAAACUAUAUCCCAAGUUGAACUCAGAGGAGAAAACACUUUGAAGACUCAAAACCUACGUUGGCAGUAUCAACGAUCGUAUUCUUUGCCUGUCCAAACAUCUUUGAACAGCCAUACGAGUUGGAUAUUUAUUAAUAUUAUUGUUGAUAUUUAUUUUAAGCGCUUCUUACUCCCAAAACGAGGCAUAUAUUAUCAGGCUAUUUUGUAUAUUAUGCUAUCAAUGCCACAAAUAAUUCCUAUCUGGUAGUUGUGUGCUUAAAGGGAAUUCCAUUGUGAUGAAUUUAGAUCUUCCAGGCCAACGUCUUUGCAUUUGUCUUUAAGACAAGUGGGAAUAUGAGAAUAUAUGCAUCACCUGGUGGAAUUAUGUGAAGGUGCAGCUUUGUUUAGCAAGACAGUUGUUUUAACGAUUUUGUAUUUGACAAAAUAUGUUCAGAUCAAAAAUGAACUCUAUUGACUCACAAUGAAAUCAAAUUUUAUGUUAUGUACCAAUCUAUCAACUUAGUUUUUACGUGCAUAUUUUAUAUCAAGUUUUGUGAAAUGUUCAAGGACUUCAAAUGGGAACCGACUGUGAUUUUUAUAUUAAUAAUUGUCGAUACAUUAAAGUGUUUGUAUUGAUUAUUUCUACUGACUGGUACCUGAUUUGGGAAGACAUCUUCAUCGAUGUCUCCGUAACGUGUUAAUGUUUGAUAUUAUAAUAUAGUCGACCCUGCUUCCCCAGCUUUGUUUGAUUGAAUCAACUUGUAAGAUGUUUGUAGCAAUAGAUUCGUUCUACCAUUCCUCUUGAUCAUAUUCCUUCUAUUCGUAACUGUAUAUAUGGUUAUUAUGUAAUUCGAGAGCAAACAUGAAACGAAGCAACUACGGCAAUACCAGGAUUCCAAUUAUGAAGGAAAAGACAGCGCAUAACCUCAUACGGCACGGCUGACAAAAGCCUUUUUCAGGAAUCACAACAUCCAGGUCCUGGCAGGGCACUUCAGGUCUCCAGAUUUAAACCCAAUCGAACAUUUAUGGGAUGCGCUGGAUCAACGACUGCAAGCACGUCAGGGAAAAACCACAGAACCUCCGACAGUUGACACAAGCACUGCAGACAGAGUGGGCAACAAUUCGAGAUCUGAUUGCUUCUACUGGGAGUCCGUUUUGGAUUGUAAUGGGGGCCAUACAAGAUAUUGAGAACAGAUGACCUUCACCUUGAAAAUCUACCGGUCCGUGUGUGCCAUAUGGAACAUGGAUCAAUGACAAUGAAGUGUGCCAAUUUUGAACAAUCGAUCAUCAUCUGUUGAUUAUUUAUAAGAAAUGUUAAAUAUACAUCUAAGAUCAA